AUGCAAAAUGCAGAUGUAGGGCGUGGAUGUGACUGGCUUAUCCGAGCCAGCUUGAUACGGAGAAAAGGUUGUUGGGAGAUACGCAGAUACAACGGUAGACACACGUGCACCAUCGGAACGAUUUCACAAGAUCAUUCCAAGUUGGACUCAGAUACAGUUGCUGAGGCUAUAAGGCUGUUGGUCGAGACGGACCCGUCCAUCAAGGUGAAAUCUAUAAUUGCGGAAGUCCAGUCAAGGUUCAACUAUACCAUCAGUUAUCGAAAGGCUUGGUUGGCAAAGCAGAAGUCAGUUGCCAUCGUUUUCGGUGAUUGGGAGGAAUCUUACCAAGCAUUGCCGUGGUGGCUCUCGGUCAUGGUGCAGAAGAUUCCUGGUUCAGUUGUCCAAAUAGAAACACGACCACUCUACAACGGGAACGAGGAGGCACAAGGUGUAAAAAUACUUCAUCGUGUAUUUUGGAGUUUCAAUCCAUGCAUUAGGGCAUUCAGGCAUUGCAAGCCCCUGGUUCAGGUUGACGGCACACACCUAUACGGAAAAUACAAAGGUACACUUCUAGUCGCUGUUGCACAAGAUGGGAACCAGAACAUUGUGCCUAUCGCCUUUGCAUUGGUGGAAGGUGAGACAGCUGAUGCGUGGCACUUCUUCCUCAGGAAUCUGCGAACGUAUGUUGUUAGAAAAGACGGUGUGGGUAUGAUCUCAGACCGGCAUGAGUCAAUACGGGCAGCAGUUAAUCGUUCCGGUGGUGACUGGCAACCUCCAAGAGCAUGGUGGAUGUUUUGUAUAAGACACAUCGGCAGUAACUUCUUAAGGGCAUUCAAAGUCCCUCACUUGCAGAAGCUUAUUGUUAAUAUAGGGUAUUCAAGAACGGUGGAGGAGUACAAUAUCAACUAUAAGAGGUUGGAAGAGCGAGGCGAGGCAUAUGCCAGGUGGUGCGAUGCCAUCGGACUCAGACAUUGGGUAUUGGCAUUCGACGAGGGACAUCGAUGGGGCCAUAUGACAACAAACCUUGUGGAGUGUAUUAACUCAGUGUUGAAGGGUGCCCGUAAUCUACCUGUGUUGGCGCUGGUACGAGCAACAUAUUAUAGGUUAAAUGAACUCUUUACGCGGAAGAGUGCGGAGUCUCACGAACGCAAGCGUGCUGGAUUUACGUACUCCGCAUUUGCGCAACAGCGGAUAGAAGCAAGUAUGCAACAGGCUGGGAACAUAGUUGUGCACCGCUUUGAUAGAAGAAAUGAGGUGUUUGAGGUGCGCGAAAUGACUACUGGAAAGGUGUUAGUUGUUGAUCUAGCGCGACGGACGUGUGACUGUGGGCACUUUCAGGUUGAACGAAUACCAUGUCGCCAUGUUAUUGCUUGCUGUGCUAACCAGCGUCUUGAUUGGCAGUUGUAUGUGCAUGAUGUGUACAAGAUGACGGAAGUUCGUAAGGUUUAUAGGUUUGAGUUCACACCCUUAGGAGAUCCUGAGACAUGGCCUGCUUAUGAGGGACCCACAUUGGUCGCUAAUCCCGCACAGAGGCGGACGUCUAAAGGCAGGCCCAAACUGACCCGAUACCUGAAUGAAAUGGACUCACGUGACAUGCGUGGUCCUCGGAUAUGUCGUCUCUGUGGGGCUCAGGGUCAUAGUCGGAGUAGGUGUCCGCAGCGUGCUGGACCGAGUGGUGCUGGUUCGUAG